AUGGCCGAGCUCCCUAGCCCAAGUAUCGGCCAGGGCGGCGGCAGCAUCCCUAAACCUAAGUCAUCCAGCAACGGAGGCAACGAAAGCAGCUCCAGCGCCUUCAGCAACAUCAUUGGCGAAAUCGGCUCUGGCGGCAGCAUAGCACGCGCCCUAUGCUCCCUCGAGGGAAAGCCCGACAACGGUCACGGCGGCGAACUGAUUAUACGCAUCCUCAUGGGCGAUCACCUGGAGCAUCUCUUUGCCGCUCCGGGCUCGGGCCAGGUCAUCGUCACGAGACCGGAUUCCAACGACAUCCUCCCGCGUGAUUAUAUCCGCAUCCUGAUGGACCUGCCUGUUCGGAGCCCCGAUAAGCAGGACCUAUCCACCCGCCUUCGUACCCUCGCCAUCCCUAGCCCCCUUCACUACGCCCUCCCACUAUUCGAUGACGACGGCGACGACGACGGCGGCCACAGCGAGCCCGCACUCACGUGGGCCGUGCUCACCUCCGCCGCGUACCGCGCCAACGACGACUGGGGCCGCGAGUACCCCAAAGGUGAGAUCCUGUACUCGACGACGGCCGAGGCCGAGCCCGAGAUUGAAGGCCUGCCGCGCUUCGUGCUGCCCGUCGGUCGGCCGCCGGCCUCGGUCAUGACCUACAUCGUGGUCAUGGACAUCACGUCCCCCGACAAGCCCCUCUGGCUCGUCCACGACGCCUACACCUCCUGCGAUGACAAUGACCACGGCAAUCUGCCGGCCGAGCGGCUGGCCCCGAGAGGGCUUGGGUUUGUGGGCGAUACCGUCUUUGACGUCGCACCCCUAGCGAAGAGCGUCAAAGAGUGGCACGACUGGGCAAUCGCCAGCAGUGGCGAUGCAAGAGAGGCCCUGGAGCGGGUGAGGAGGCGGAUCGAGGCCGAGGGGAAGGUGGUGAAACCCCUGAUUUCCAUCACAUGGCACAAUCGAGUGGUUGAGGCGGUCAAGGAGGGCUACAAGCAGCACGCGGGCAAAUAG